CCGCUUCCUUCCGGGCCCCUAGGCGCACGUGACUGCGCGGGGGCGGGGCCGCGUCUCUGGAGGCUGUGGUGGCAGCGGUGACAGCAGUGACAGCGGUGACAGGGCCCCGCCGCCGCCGUCAUGUCGGGCAAGGACCGCAUCGAGAUCUUCCCCUCGCGGAUGGCUCAGACCAUCAUGAAGGCUCGUUUGAAAGGAGCCCAAACAGGUCGUAACCUCUUGAAGAAAAAAUCUGAUGCUUUGACACUUCGUUUCAGGCAGAUCCUUAAGAAAAUUAUUGAGACUAAGAUGUUGAUGGGUGAGGUGAUGAGAGAAGCUGCCUUUUCGCUUGCUGAGGCAAAGUUUACAGCAGGAGAUUUCAGCACCACUGUUAUCCAAAAUGUGAACAAAGCUCAAGUCAAGGUCAGAGCUAAAAAAGACAAUGUAGCAGGUGUAACCUUGCCAGUUUUUGAGCAUUACCAGGAAGGAGGGGACAGUUAUGAGCUGACUGGCUUGGCCAGAGGUGGAGAACAGCUGGCUAAGCUGAAGAGGAACUAUGCCAAAGCUGUGGAGCUGCUUGUGGAACUGGCCUCUUUACAGACAUCCUUUGUUACUUUGGAUGAAGCCAUUAAAAUAACAAACAGACGUGUGAAUGCAAUUGAACAUGUGAUUAUUCCCAGGAUUGAGCGUACUCUUUCUUAUAUCAUCACAGAACUGGAUGAACGAGAACGAGAGGAAUUCUACAGGUUAAAAAAGAUACAGGAAAAGAAAAAAGUUUUGAAAGAAAAAUCUGAGAAAGAACGGGAGCUACGGAGGGCUGCUGGUGGGGAACGUGAACCAGCCAAUCUCUUAGCAGAAGAGAAGGAUGAAGACCUUCUGUUUGAGUAACCCAGCACAAUUGUUGUAUAUGGAACAAGGGACACAAUACAGAAUGUCCAAUUGCAAUAUAAUUCAGGACAUGUUGCCUCAAUGAUACUUACGUGGCUUCACAAUUGGUGUCUAAGUCUUGAGUUGAACAGAUUGUGGAUUUCUCCUGGGAGAUUAGAAAGGGGGGAGCUUGAUUGCAGCAUAAGAGGAAGAGGAGAUGGGUCAGGUCCUUUAGUAUCAGCAAAGCCGUGUAUUGCACAUCAGCCUCUUUCUUGACUUGGAGGGAAUGGCUGUCCAUGGUGUACUUUUUGCAGAAGAAUAUGUUAUUUAGGGGUGGAGAUGCAUUUAAUAUUUUUUAUUGCUGGACUUAUUAAUGUUCAAGGUGCUUAAAGCAGGUAUUGGCACAGCUGAAGUCAGAUAUCAGUAAGGACAAGUCUAAUUUUCUAACCUGCUGAUGAAAUCCACAGUCUUCCGUGAUUUAUUUUUGUUGCACGAUUGUUACAAUUGGCCUAAAAUGUCUAUGGUUUUAAUUAGAGGAUCUGCCAACUUGUGUACUGUCUGUGCUAGAAAUAAGUAAAAACUUUAAGUGUUAAAUAUCUGGUGCCUGGCUCAAGCUGCUAGAAGAUGGGGGUCUUUGAAACUGUCAUGUUUAUUUUGGAAUAAAACCUUCUCAUAGUCUUCUGCCCCCAACUUAGUAUCCUCACCAGAGACGUCUCUUUUCAGCCUGUGCCCACAUUCAGUUUAUCUUUACUGCUUUAGAGAAGUAGCCAAGGAGAAGUGGCUUGUUCCUGUCACAGACACAGAAACUCAAUGAUCCAGGUGCAUGUUGCUCACAAUCUUCACUGCAACAGGUGGGCUGGCAAAACAAGCAGGGUUGAACGCCCGGUAGUCCAUCCUGGCUGCGAUUCGUGUCCUAAGCUGAUGAGGGGAGGCUAGGAGAGUGUUUGAUAAGCAGGUUGGUGCUGAAUGCUGCUCAGUUGGAAGGGCUGUUUCCCUGAAGACUCUGGUUUGCAGUCGGCAAACGAUACAUGCCAUAGUGCUAGUACUAGGACAUCAUCUCUAGUGCUACUGGUCUACUACUGCUGGUAAGCAUCUUGUUUUACAUGUGAUCCAGCACUUUAGUGCAGAUGCAGGGUAACUGCAAGAAAAUGAAUUUCUAUGAAUACCUUUAAAAAGUUGUUUUAUAAAUGUGUGAAGCACAAGGCCAUUUCUUUUCUCUUUUGAAGAUGAAGGCAGCACAGGGCAGUAAGUCCAUACUCUGUUGUCAGAUACAGAUCUAGCCUGAUAGAGAGUAACUGUAGAUCUGAGGACAUGUCCUUACCUCUCCCACUGAAUGCUUGGCAUGGGAAGGAGCAGAGAACAUCCUCUAGAGCACCGAUGGGUCACAGCAUCUUUCACGCAUUCAAUAAAAUGGCAGAAAGGCUCCC